GCGCAUUGAUAGAUCGAAGCGUUGCCGCCAAGCCGCCAUGGACGACAAUGAAGCGUCACAAGACGUGACACCUGGCUACGUGACGAUGGCAGUGCAAAUUCGGUCCAAGAAACAGCAGAAUGAGGUCGGCGUGGCUGUGCGCCGCCCCCGGCCGCGCAAGUCAUGUGUCCGCAACGCUCCAGGGGAGGACAAGAACCAGUGGGAGUUGAUCCUGUUCUCGUUCAUAGACUGCAAUCAGCUGUCGACGUUGGACAACUUGCUUGUGCAAGUCGCUCCAUCGGAAUGUCUUGCGAUGGACAGUGACGCCGACAAUAAAGUCUUCCGAUUGUUGUUGCAAUCGCACGGCGUCGAACGCACCUCAGUGCCGUCCAAACGGUUCAAGACGACCGCUUCGGCAAUGGAGCCGACCUUGUGUCGGUUGUUAGGUGCGUCUGGCAUCCAAGCGACCCAUCGCGUGGAGAUGGAGAUGGAGUUGGCGCUGGGGGCACUCGCAGCGAUCGUCGACACGCACUCCCUUCUCGUCGACACAGACGGAUUCGGCACGUACUCGUUGUCCGUGGGCGAUGUGGACUCCGUCAUGCAGUUGGAUCGCGCGGCGCUGACCGCGUUAAACCUCCUGCCGGACCCGAUGCUCACGGGUACCCAUCAGACACAGAACGCGAGCGUGUUGGACCUUCUCAACCGCGGCAAGACGGCGAUGGGGCGACGCAUGUUGGAGCGCUGGAUCCGCAUGCCACUCAUGGACGCGACAUUGAUCGCCGAGCGCCAGGAAGUCGUCGCGACCUUUGUGCACGAGUCCACUUUGCGCAUGGAACUGCUGGACGAGUGCAUGAAGGCGCUGCCCGAUCUGGAGAAACUCGCGGCGACGUUGGGCAAGCUCAAAUCAGUCAAGCUGGAUCAUUUGGUGUCCGUGUACGACGCCGCCUCUUCCGUCCUGCCGCGCAUCGUCCGCGCAUUAGCCGGCCAGGACGUCCUCCGCGAGUCAUUCCAGGUUCCAUUAGAGAAAGUCCAGCGCGAUUUCCAAGGAUUCAUCGGGCUCGUGGACGAAUUGGUGGAUUUUGGCGCGCGGCCAUACGUGACGGUGAACGCCAAGCAUGACGAGGCGCUGCGGGACAUCCGCGCCGCGCUGCAGCAGGUGGAAGCCGACAUCGACGACGAGCACGACCGCGUGAAGCACGACAUUGGUGGCGACGUCAAGUGCGAAAAGGAUAAGGUCCGCGGGUACGUCUUCCGCCUGAUCAACAAGAAAGAGGAGGAGCGCCUGUCCAAGAUGAAGCAUGUGCACAUCUGCCAAGUGCUCGUGAACGGACUGUACUUUACCACAUCUCGGCUCAAAGAGCUCGGAAAAGCGUAUCUGCAGCAUGUGGCCGACUACGAAGCUCGACAGAUGCACAUUCUGACGGCGGCGAUCGACGUGGCCGCCACGUACGUCCCCGUGAUCGAGUCGGCGGCGACCUUCGUCGGUACGCUGGACGUGCUGCUCGGGUUCGCCCACGUCGCGGCUCACGCCGGGUACUGCCGUCCGGCUGUGUCGGCGUCCGGAUUUGUCGUCGACGGCGCCAGACAUCCGUGUGUGGAGCUCCAGGACGGCGUCCAGUUCAUCCCAAACAACGUCGACAUGGACGCCCACACGUCCAGGUUCCAACUCGUCACUGGACCCAACAUGGGCGGCAAGUCCACGUACAUCCGCGCACUCGGCGCCAUUACCGUCAUGGCGCAGAUCGGGUCGUUCGUCCCCGCCACCUCGGCCAUGCUACCGAUCGUGGACAAGCUGCUCGUGCGGGUGGGAGCGGGUGACAUGCAGCAGCGGGGGGUGUCGACGUUCAUGCUCGAGAUGCUGGAGGCCGCCGUGAUCUGCCGCAAGGCCACCGCGCGGAGCCUCGUGAUCAUCGACGAGCUGGGCCGCGGCACGUCCACGUACGACGGCUUCGGGCUCGCGUGGGCCAUCUCCGACUUCCUCGUCCGGCGGCGGUGCUGGUGUGUAUUCGCCACGCACUUUCACGAGCUCACGGCGCUCGGCGGUUCAGACGGGGUCGUCAAUAAGCACCUGACCGCGCACACGGCCGACAACCACAUCGCGAUGGUGUACGAGGUCCGCCCCGGCCCCUGCCUCGAGAGCUUUGGCAUCCACGUGGCUGAGAUGGCGGGGUUCCCGUCUUCGGUCGUGGCCGUCGCCAAGCGAAAGGCGACUGAACUGGAACAUUUUGACUUCAAAUCGUCCUCCCAGCAUCAAACCGCCGACGACCAACCGAUCACGAAACGCUUGCGGGCGUUGGACGUACCCGCCAUGACGGACGACGCCGUGCUGGCCGCCGUCGCUGCCCUGCUAUGAAACACAUGGAUGAAGAAACAAGAGGACGAUGGAUGGAUGGAUGGACUAAGUUAGUGUAACUCGAUGGGAACCUCAAGUACCAAUGACAUCGUGUGUGCUGUAAACUCGUGUGGACGUUCAUGGA